AUGCACCAUCUUUUCUUCAAUAUUACCUUUCUGAUCUUUUCCCUUUGGAUUCAUGGCCUGGAAGGCGAUGCUACAGUCUGGGCGUGCAAUGGAGGAUAUUCAAUAGACGAAAAUGGUCAUGGAAUAUGCAAGAUGCAAGGUCAAUUCAACAGGAAGUAUCAAUGCCCACCUAACACUUGCUUAACUGAUGAUAAUCAACCAUGGGUGCCAAUGAGUGGCUGCGUACUCAAACAUUCUCCAAUCAAAGGCCAAAGUAACCAACAAUGUGCAACAUAUGAUUACAAUGAGCCAACCGUUGAUUACACCUGUACCAACUCUGGACAAAAAACGUAUGUAUGCGCUGGAACUCUUGCUACUGUGCGACCCAUCAUAUGUAAAUCUUGCAUCCGGAUACUGUGGUCAUGA